GGUGGAAGAGACGGUGGAAGAAGAGGAACAGGUGCGAGUGCGAGUGGUGGUGCAGGUGUGGGUGCGGGAACGGAAGCAGCAGCCGAGAAGAGAAAGGAAACGUACGCGGGAGAGCCGUCGAGGGUGCGUUUUCGUGUGUUGCCGCAGGGGCGGAGGGGAGGGAGACUCGAAAGGGAGGAAAAACGACCACGUCGACGACGACGACAACGAGGAGAAAGAAGGAGAGGAGGAGAGGUGCUGGAGGAAGACGAGGAAGAAGAAAAGGAAGGAAGUGGAUGGUUUUCGUUUGUACCUUUGUCGCGAUCGACAUCUAAAGAGAGAGUUUUAGAGUUUAGGAGAGAGGACACCAGGCGUUUAUAUACCACCUCUCUUCUCUCUCUCUCUCUCUCUCUGUCUCUCCCUCUCUCCGAGUCUCUGUGUGAGCGAUCGUUUGUUACGCGAACGACCAGUGAAGAGGAAGAAAACGAUAAGAACACCGGCUGUGUUUUGCCAGCCGAUCGCUCGAUCGAAAGAAGAAAGAAUACCUGAAGACGAGAAAGGAUAUCGAAGGGAAGAGGUGGUAUGUGGUGAUAUCUUCUCUUUUUUUUUUGCCACCUUUUUUUUCUCUCCUUGGUUCUUUCUCCCGUUCGUUUCGCAUCUGGCAAAGGGUUACACUGUGCGUUCUACGUGGAGACGAAGCUUUUCGUCGAGUGUUGUGCGCUUUUUCAAAGUGGUGCCUAAGCACGAAGAGGGAAUCGCCAGCAGGGCAGAGGCUCGAACGCAUGUAGGAACAUGGCCGCAACCAGCCCCUGCCUCCCUCUAGAGGUUGGCAGCGCAAGAGGCGGCACAAAGGGACCCUGGAUACGCGAGUCAGUACAGGAGAAGGCCGAGGUUGGCCGGACUGAGUGGUCUCGGUGACUGGACUAGCUUUGGAGGGGAGGUACCUGGUCUGGUGGACAUGGCGCCAGGCCGGGAUCAGGGCGGAGGGGCGGGUGGCGGUGGGGGAGGCGGCAAGGGCACCACCUCGUUGUUCAUCCUGUCGGAGGAUAACUGCAUCAGGAAGCAUACACGCUUCAUAAUCGAGUGGCCGCCCUUCGAGUACGCCGUCCUGCUCACCAUCAUCGCCAAUUGCGUGGUCCUCGCCCUCGAGGAGCACCUGCCAAAGCAGGACAAGACCAUACUCGCACAGAAGCUCGAGGCCACGGAAAUCUACUUCCUCGGCAUCUUCUGCGUCGAGGCGAGCCUCAAGAUCCUCGCCCUUGGCUUCGUCCUCCACCGUGGCUCUUAUCUGCGCAACAUCUGGAACAUCAUGGAUUUCUUCGUCGUGGUGACCGGGUUCAUCACGGCGUUCUCGCAGGGCAUAGAACUGGAUAUGGAUCUGCGCACGUUGCGUGCGAUACGCGUGUUGCGACCGCUCAAACUUGUCUCCGGCAUACCGAGUCUCCAGGUGGUGCUCAAGUCCAUCAUCAAGGCGAUGGCGCCGCUUCUGCAGAUCGGCUUGCUGGUGCUGUUCGCCAUCGUGAUAUUCGCCAUCAUCGGUCUCGAAUUUUAUUCGGGAACGUUGCAUAAAACGUGUUACAGCAUCAGGAAUAUCAAUAUAAUCGUGAAGGAGGGCGAACAGGCGAGUCCGUGUAACACGGACAACAAAUCCGAGGCGCCUUUCGGGGCGCACGUGUGCGACGCGAAUGUCUCGACGUGCAUGGAUCACUGGGAGGGACCAAAUUUCGGCAUCACCAGCUUCGACAACAUCGGAUUCGCCAUGCUCACUGUCUUCCAGUGCAUCACUAUGGAGGGCUGGACUGCCAUAUUGUACUGGACAAACGACGCUCUUGGCAGCACGUACAACUGGAUUUACUUUAUACCAUUGAUCGUCCUUGGCUCAUUCUUCAUGCUGAACUUAGUUCUUGGUGUCUUGAGCGGAGAGUUUGCAAAGGAGAGAGAGAAGGUGGAGAACCGGCAGUCCUUCCUGAAAUUGCGAAGACAGCAGCAGCUCGACCGUGAACUGAACUGUUACCUGGAUUGGAUCUGCAAAGCAGAGGAGGUAAUACUGGCGGAAGAAAGGACCACGGAAGAGGAGAAAAUGCACAUAUUAGAAGUAAGAAGAAGAGCCGCGGCGAAAAAGAAGAAGCUAAAGAACCUUGGCAAAAGCAAAAGCACGGAUACAGAGGAAGAGGAAGGCGAUGAUGACCAGGACGAUAGACUCUCUAGAUCUUCCUAUUUCAAAUCGAGGGAAAAGGAAGAGGGUACUUGCGUGCAAUUUUGGCGGGCAGAAAAGAGAUUCAGAUUUUGGAUACGAAGCUCGGUGAAAUCGCAAAAGUUUUACUGGUUCGUCAUCGUUCUUGUGUUCUUCAACACCGUCUGCGUGGCCGUGGAACACUACGGUCAGCCUCCGUGGCUUACCGAUUUCCUCUAUUACGCGGAAUUCGUGUUCCUGGCCCUGUUCAUGCUGGAGAUGUUCAUAAAGGUGUACGCUCUCGGUCCUCGCACCUAUUUCGAGUCGAGUUUCAAUCGUUUCGACUGCGUGGUCAUCUCGGGAUCGAUCUUCGAAGUGAUCUGGUCCGAGGUGAAGUCCGGCUCUUUCGGCCUCUCCGUCCUACGUGCCCUUAGACUCCUGCGAAUUUUUAAGGUCACCAAAUACUGGAAGAGCCUGAGAAACCUCGUAAUAUCGCUGCUCAGCUCGAUGCGUAGCAUCAUCUCCUUGCUCUUCCUGCUCUUCCUCUUCAUUCUCAUAUUCGCGCUGCUCGGUAUGCAGCUGUUUGGCGGUCAGUUCAACUUCGAAUACGGCACACCGCCCACUAACUUCAACACCUUUCCCAUCGCGCUGCUCACUGUCUUCCAAAUCCUGACCGGAGAAGAUUGGAACGAAGUGAUGUACCAGGGUAUCGAGUCGCAAGGCGGUCACAAAAAGGGCAUGAUCUACUCGCUCUACUUCAUCGUACUGGUGUUGUUCGGCAACUACACGCUGCUGAACGUGUUCUUGGCUAUCGCCGUCGACAAUCUGGCGAACGCGCAAGAAUUGAGCGCCGCCGAGGAGGAAGAAAAGACCGAGGACAAGGAGAAGCAGACGCAGGAACUCGAGAAAGAGAUCGAGUCCUUACAAAAACCGAAAGACGGUAGCGCGCCGAAGGUAGAGAUCUGCCCUCCGAGUCCUACUCAGAAUUUCAAAGACGGAAAGGGUGGGAAACAGUCAUCCGAAGAGAAGAAGCAGGAUGAAGACGAUGACACGGGACCAAAACCAAUGCUGCCAUACUCCUCCAUGUUUAUACUGUCCCCUACGAAUCCCGUAAGAAGAGCCGCCCAUUGGGUCGUGAACCUGAGGUACUUCGACUUCUUCAUAAUGGUGGUGAUAUCGUUGUCGAGUAUCGCGUUGGCCGCCGAGGAUCCCGUAUGGGAGGACUCGCCGAGGAACGAGGUGCUGAAUUACUUCGAUUACGCGUUCACCGGUGUCUUCACCGUCGAGAUGAUCUUGAAGAUCAUCGAUCUCGGCAUCAUACUUCAUCCAGGCUCGUACCUACGCGAAUUCUGGAACAUUAUGGACGCGGUGGUGGUGAUAUGCGCCGCGGUAUCGUUCGCGUUCGAUAUGACCGGUAGUUCCGCCGGACAGAAUCUAUCGACGAUCAAGUCGUUGAGAGUGUUGCGUGUAUUGAGACCUUUGAAGACGAUCAAAAGGGUGCCGAAAUUGAAGGCGGUGUUCGACUGUGUCGUGAACAGUCUGAAAAACGUCAUUAACAUUCUCAUAGUGUACAUAUUGUUCCAAUUCAUAUUCGCUGUGAUCGCGGUGCAGCUGUUCAACGGCAGGUUCUUCUACUGCAGCGACGAGAGCAAAUACACGGAAGAGGAUUGUCAGGGUCAAUAUUUCGUUUUCGAAGAGGGUGCUAUGCUGCCAGAGCCAAAGAAACGGCAGUGGGAGUCCCAGUGUUUUCAUUACGACAACGUGAUGGCCGCGAUGCUUACGUUGUUCGCGGUACAGACUGGCGAGGGAUGGCCGCAGAUACUGCAGAAUUCGAUGGCGGCCACGUACGAGGACAGAGGCCCCAUACAAAAUUUUCGUAUAGAGAUGUCCAUUUUCUACAUCGUCUACUUCAUCGUAUUUCCAUUCUUCUUCGUCAACAUCUUCGUGGCCUUGAUUAUCAUCACAUUCCAGGAGCAAGGAGAAGCUGAAUUGCAAGACGGCGAAAUCGACAAAAAUCAGAAAUCUUGUAUAGACUUCACGAUACAAGCUCGUCCUCUGGAGAGGUACAUGCCGAAGGAACGGAACAGCGUUAAGUACAAAAUCUGGAGGAUAGUGGUAUCGACGCCGUUCGAAUAUUUCAUUAUGGGUCUCAUCGUAUUAAACACAGUGCUACUCAUGAUGAAGUUCCAUCGGCAAAGCGACGCGUACAAGAAUACGCUGAAGUACAUGAACAUGUGCUUCACGGGGAUGUUCACCGUCGAGUGCAUACUGAAGAUCGCCGCUUUCGGCGUGAGGAACUUCUUCAAAGACGCGUGGAACACGUUCGACUUCAUCACAGUGAUCGGCAGCAUCGUGGACGCCCUGGUGAUCGAGUUCGGGGAGCGGUUUUCGAGUAUGCCCAGUGGCGGUCAACUAGGCGAGAAAAAGGAGAACUUCAUCAACGUCGGCUUCCUAAGACUGUUCCGUGCCGCCAGGUUGAUCAAACUGCUCAGGCAGGGAUACACGAUACGAAUUUUACUCUGGACCUUUGUACAAUCCUUCAAAGCUCUGCCUUACGUCUGCCUCCUCAUAGCGAUGCUGUUUUUCAUCUACGCGAUCAUCGGUAUGCAGGUGUUCGGUAACAUCGCGCUGGACGCCGACACUUCGAUUACCAAGCACAACAAUUUCCAAAGCUUCAUUCAAGGUCUGAUGUUGCUUUUUCGGUGCGCGACCGGUGAGGCCUGGCCGAACAUCAUGUUGUCCUGCAUCAAAGGUCGGCCCUGCGACAUAAAGGCCGACAAACAAGAACCAGGAGGCUGCGGUUCGAACAUCGCGUACGCCUACUUCGUCUCGUUCAUCUUCUUUUGUUCCUUCCUCAUGCUGAACUUGUUCGUCGCCGUAAUCAUGGACAAUUUCGAUUAUCUAACGAGAGAUUCGUCGAUCUUGGGCGCUCAUCAUCUCGACGAAUUCGUGCGGAUCUGGGCCGAGUACGAUCCGAACGCGACCGGGAAGAUCCAUUACACCGAGAUGUACGACAUGCUGAAGAACAUGGAUCCGCCAUUGGGGUUUGGUAACAAGUGUCCGAACAGACUCGCCUAUAAGAAGCUGAUCAGGAUGAACAUGCCGGUGGACGUCGACGGGAAGGUGAACUUCACCACCACCCUGUUCGCCCUGAUUCGCGAGAAUCUUAGCAUCAAGAUGAGAUGCGCCGACGAGAUGAAACAAGCGAACGAGGAACUUAGAGACACGAUUAGAAGUAUUUGGCCUUUGCAGGCGAAAAAGAUGUUGGACAUUUUGAUACCUAGCAACGAAGAAUUAGGCAGAGAUAAGAUGACCGUUGGUAAGAUAUACGUCUGCCUUCUGAUACUCGAAAGUUGGAGGACGACUAAGUUUGGUCAAAUAAAACCGACCGGACAGAACGAUAACGAUCUUAUCGAUAACGAUAAUGCUGGGCAAAGUCCUGCAGCCCAGGCGAAAUCGGCCUUCCUCGACUGCAUACUGGACGCGACGGCUGUAAAUCAUACGGGAAAUAAUCACGGGAUCGGAAGUAGGGCGAACAGCCUGGAGCCGGUGGUACGGGCAACGCCGGAAACGAAGCUCGAUCUGCACAAGGAACACAUGGAGGAAGACGACGGGGCCCUUGGGGUCCUCGCAGCCGGCGAGCACAGACGUCAACGUAGCAUCAGAAAUAAAAAGGUGAACUGGAAGAUGUCCCACCAGUACGAUAUACUAGGCAGCAGCGGAGAGAGUAGCCAGGGAGGGGGUGGGUCUGGGGUUGUACCUGUAGUUAAUGACGAGGAUCGCGCCCCCGAGCUAGAGCCAUUGCUGGCUGAGGUGCCCUCCCAGCAGGAUCAAAACUACUACUACCACCAUCACCAUCACGACCAAUACUACGAUACCGACAAUGAUCUAUACUAUGACCAUCACCACCACCACCACCACCAUCACCAUCACCAUCAUCAUCAUGCUCACCGACCACCCUCGUAUUAUCAACACCAGAAUACCUACGCACCUCGCUCCUCGAUCCGUUACCACAAGAUGGAGCUUCAGGACGUCGUAGUUAGCGACUCCCGUGCCGGUAGCCUAGAGAGUCUCACCCACGCCGGUGAGAGACUUCAUCCACCCGUGCAUCCAGUCAGACACCCAUCGCGUUCACCGAGUCUAAGGAGACACGGAUCACCAGUCGUACACGGGUCGCAAUCGCCAAGGCGACCAAGGUACGACCAUCACAGUCAUUAUUACCACGAAGGACCAGGAUUCAGCGACACGGUUAGCAACGUCGUCGAGAUUCAGAGACACACGCAUCAUCCCCAUUCGUCACAGUACAAUCAUCGGCACAGGAUUCGAGGUCCGUGGAGCGCUUCGACCAGUCCAGCGAGGACACCGAGUCCCAUUCAUCACAUCGACAGAGGACGUGCCUAUGGAACGACCAGUCUUGAGCAACGCUCGAGAAGUCCAAGUCCUAUCGGUGGUCGUCAACCUGCCCAUCCGCACCAGCAUUAUCAUCGACAUCAUCCUCAUCAGCACAGUUACCCGGUGUUGGUGACCAGACGAGUACCAGGUCGCCAAUUACCACCUACGCCUGACAAACCGUCGACCUUGCAACUGAAGAAACAGGCGAACAUCAACUUUCCAAAGUUGAACGCCUCGCCGACCCACGGCUCUCACAUGCCGGCUGCACACGUGCCGUUACCGGCCACCAUGCAGCAUCCGCCUCCAGGACACGUGCCACCGAUGCAACCGAGCCACUAUCCGUUAAGCUUCGAGCAAGCUGUGGCUAUGGGUCGCGGUGGUCGUCUUCUCCCGAGUCCUGUACCCAACGGUUACAAGCCUCAACCGCAGGCUAAACAGAGGACACCCAGGUCGAGACACUCGGACAGUGACGAAGAUGACUGGUGCUAGCCAAAGUGGGACCCUGGACGGUGGUCCGAUGACGUGGACGCCCCCAGGCGUCUUUGGGUUUGCGCGUGAAUCUUCCGUGUACCGGAAGGCGCAUUAAUCUAGCCGCGAUUACGUGAACGAAGAUCGAUCGACUGGAAGCUCCGAGAAGCCGAUCGAUGCGUUUGCUCGAGGAAUACGCGUACAACGUGAGUUGGAACACGGCCAGUUACAAUUUCACGGCAAACGAGAAACGGAAACCACUCUCCGGUGGUGAAGAAGCAGAAGAAGAGGAAGAAGAACAGAGAUACUAAGCGACUGAAAAGGGAAGCUACAUCGGAUAAUCGUUACAGGGACAAACGAAACAACGUACUAUAACGAACGAUCGUCGAGGCAACAAUCCAAGUGAGUGCGUGCCACGAAACGACGAUCCCCGAUUCUCGAACGUAAACGUAUGAAAAUUUAGAAUCUUUUUCAGCCGCCCAAAUCGUGCGGCAAUUCUCGCGGAUAAAGUCCCAAGUGUCGUCUACACACACGCCAGAUGCUACGGAACUUUCCUCUCGAUCUUCGCGCGAGACUUUUCUUUCGUCUAUACGAACUUCGAAGCUUCCUUCGCUGUGUGUUGUUCAAUCGACGGACCGAGCCGAGGAGGAUUCACUUUUUAUACGAUUAUACCAAAUUGAAACCACUCUGAAAAAUGGUCGAGCGUGUACGCUUACAAAUCCGUUUUCGCGCUAUCAAAUUUUUCACGCUCUUAGAGAAGUCUGUCGGUUGCGCGCGAACCAACCCUCUUAACCGUUCGAGAACAGCAACGAGUAAACCACCGUCACACGUUGGAAACCACGAAGUAUAUAUAUCCUCUUUCGAACAGUCUCGUCUUGAUUUCUCUUCAAAGCUGCCUCGAACCACGUCGGACACGAUUCGUCGUCGAAGUUACAGGUACAGACAGACAGUGAUCAAUAGCGUUUCGUGUUUAAAGAAAUUGCAAAGAAAACGAAGACACCGAGCGUAUGCUCGAUUAUCAUUCCUCGAGGGUUUGUACAAGAAUCGUGGCUAUCGACGACUGGUUGCGUUUUAAUAACCGCGAUUUUUGUAUCGGUCUAACGUUGUCUUUUUGCUUUUUUCUUUCACGAACGUUCAUCGCCUUCGAAGUAAAGCGAACGCGAUUCGAGAGGCCGUAACUUUGUCUCGUAGCUGGAAGGUUGAAAACGUUGAACGAUACAUCGAACUAAAUAAAAUACGUACGUAGAAAUUUUUACCUAAAUCGGCAGAGUUUUUCAGUCCUCUGAUCGCGUCGGAGAGGAAGGCGAACGAUCGCGGUGUCGUUGUUCCGAAUGAGAACUGUCGCAGCUCGGUGCCAACGAGAAAUCGAGGAGGACGAGAAAAAGAGAUGGAGGAACGAAAGGGUUCAAGUGCAAUGCCGCGACGAAUAAUGGGAGGGCAGAAAAAGGAAAGAGAUAUAAAAUCCAUCAGCACUUGUAUAUUAUCGCAUAAUUUUGACUCGAAACGUUUACCAUCGCUGCUACUACCGUUUACUAUCACCUACCACCUACGUGAAAGAACUGUUCCACUACUAUUGUUACCGCUACUAACUUAUAACUACGGCUACUACUACUACUAAUUACUAAUACCACCACUAUUACCGCUAUUACUAUUACUAAUACAAUUUACUACCAGUCGAUACUACCGCUACACUACUAUUACUACUAUUUACUACUACAACUACUACUACCAUUGUUACUAUUACUAUUACCACCACCAAACACCACAACCACAACCACUACCAUUAUCAUUGCCACUUCUGUCACCACCAUCGUCUCUACUAUCGCUGCUGCUGCUACUAUUACUAACUACUACUACUGUUACUAUUACUACCGCUGCUAUUUACUACUGAACUACUACGGCUACGAUUAUUACUACUACUUACUAUUACUACUACUAUUAAUAGUAUUAUUAUUAAUACUUUUACUAACGCUACGAUUACCGAAACGUUUUAAUAAAUUACAAAACAUCGCUACUACCGUUGUUACUGUAAAACUAAUAUGUACGAUUAGGUGUACGGAUCGCGUGGAGAAGAAAAAUCUGGUAAUUGCAUCGAUCAAUCGACACACAAACAUUCACGCGACACAUACAUACACACGUCGUUUCAAAUUCAUUGGUACGCUUUAACGUAAGGUAAUUACAAAUAGAGCAAGCAUACGUACAGGGUGAUUCAUAACGUAUGGGUUUCGCAUUAGUGGAAUAAGUGUUUGAAAUUUUCUUUAUCCUAGAAGCGUAAGGGAACACGUGUACGAUGAUUUUCUUAGUCGUUCGCAAAGGGGUAAAUUUAACUUUCUGUUCCAUCUAUCUGUUUUCGAUUAAUCGAUGCAUCUGUAGGAAUUUUUCUCAUUCUUUUUUUCUUUUCGUGUUUUAUAUUGCUCCCACUCAUUAUGAAACAACCUGCACUCUUACAUGUAUACAUAUACCACGCAUACGUUACGUUGUAAAAGAACAUUAAAACGAUCGCUAAAUAAACGCGCGCGUAGCCGAGUCGGGUUUAAAUAUGUAAUUAUAGAAGCAGGAGAUUUGGAGGAUAUAAAAAAAGAAAAGAAAAAAUAACAAAGAAGAAACACGUGUAACAUACUGCCAAUUGUACGGGGUGUUUUUCAACGGAAACACACACACGAGAUACAUGAGUGUACAUUGUAUAUAUAUACAUAUAAAAAUUAAUGAACGUCGUCUUUUUUCGCAGCACGUAUACACAGACAUCUUAUUAUACGUAGGUACAUGUAAAUAAAUACGUCGAAAAAGAGAGAAUGAGAGGGAUGAAAGAAAAUUUUAAUCGAAGAACGAAUUCAAUCAUUUUUCUUUCAUUUUUUCUUUUUCUUUUUUAAUUUAUCCUUUCUUAACACCACGUUUCACGCUUGCCCGCGUUAAUCUGCGCGCGUGGAUUUCGACUGAACACGUGGAGAUACAUAGAACUAUCGUUGAUCGAUUAAUUAGUUGAUUAAUUAAAGUAACUAUGCGGAAGGGAUGAAAGUGUGGCUGCGUGCGAUUGCGUGCAAGAGGCGAAAAGAGGAUACACUUGUCGACAAUAUGCGAAUGCUACUUGUGUUUCGAGGUUCUCGGCGAUCGAACACGUUUCUUUCUUAUUGGCUCUUGCUGAUCUUUCUUUAGUUCGUAUAUUUUGCGUCGUUCAAAAAGGAAUCGAAUAUGAGAACAGUGAUUCGAAGAUUUCUUCCUACGAGACUGGAAUUUAUCGUUAGACUUGUAACGUUUGCUUUUAUCUUUGACUUCGAUCAUUUUUAAUAUUCUGUUUCGACCAAUUUCUCUAUGAUUUAAACGUCAUUUUUAUACGGUAACAACCUACAUCGCCCUUUUAAGUUUAGAAAUAGUGAACGAUAUUGCACAAAUUCUUUUUAUAUUUUCAAUUCGCGAACAAAUCUGCGAAUCACUGUACGUAAUUAAGGCGCGUCGACGAUGGUAUACACGUAUUGUACUGCAAAGCGCCGAAGAAAGUGCCAUUACGGUAAACAAAGAGGGGAAACAAAGUAAAAGAAACAUUCCCCAUCCCCGUAAAAUAAAAUAUAAAAAGAGUAAAAAAAAAAAAGAAAAAUAAGUAAAAGCACCGAGAAUCUCGCGUGUGUGCGUGAAGUGCAGUCGGUGCUGUUGGUGGUUUUUUCCCUUAAGUGCUUUAUAAACUCAAUCGUAUUUCGUAUCGUCGCUGUAAAAAGAAUACAUAAGUGUAAUAAAAGGAGAACAGACACAAAGAUACAAGUUGAGGAGUCGAGCUCGCCAUGUACCAACGUUUACGCUCCUCGAACUCGGGGAUUACAAGUGAAAAGAUCGAUCAUUAUUCCGACGCUUUUGUUUCUCUUAUUCAAAUUCAGAAAACGAUCUUUUCUCUUCUUUUCUCCAGCACUUUUGUUUCAUUUUUGUUAAAAUAAAAGAGAAAAAAAAGCAAGUGAGAACAAUCGAAAACGUUUAUAACAUUUAAUACAAUAAUAUAUCUAUUCAGUGGUCAUUUUAGUGUAACAAAUAAACGUGUUACACGAUUAAUUUCCUUUUUUCUUUUCUUCCGUAAAAACAAAAGCGUUGGAAAUUGCGGGAGCGAGGCGAGGGCGAAAUAUUCUUAAAAAGCUGUUUUUCUGUGAUAAAAUCCAAAGAAUCUAACCGGAUCGACGGACAAUUUUGUCGCGCCGGUAUGCGUUCGUAGCGAUGUCGAGCAAGAAAAAAGAGCCAGCGUGAGAAUAAAAUAAACGACGGAGGGUAGGAAUGAAUGAUCGCGAAAAAUAGAAAGAAAGAAAGGAAACGAUGGGAGGAUCGACUGCCGAAAGUUGCGUAGAAAAAUAAAAGAAAAAAAAAAAAAGAGGUAAUGAUUUUUGCGCGUGCAAACGGUGGAAGUCGAAAUCUUGAAACUUACAAAAAAACUCUGUAGCGUCGUAAAGGCAAAGCAUAUGACCAAGCUCUUAACGAUGACUUAGCGUAAAAAAUAAACCACAAAAAUCGUAAAUAUAAAUAUAUACAUAUAUACAUAUACUAGAUCUAAUUAAAGUAUGUACGUAUAAAUAUAAGUAUAUAAACCUAAACUACAUUAAUUCAUUUGAAAGCUAAUUAACGCGAACGCGAGCAAACCAGGAUGAAGCUAAACUUUCAAACAGCGAUUCGAUAAUAAUAACGUAGUAAUAACCUUAUCGUAACGAUGAGGCUGAUUAAGUUAAUUCUUAUCUAGCGGUAUACAACAACAACAACAAAAGAAGAUAAAAAAUAAACGGUGAAAGAACAAUCUCGUUUAAACAAAAAGACAAAGCGAUGAAUGAUAUAACGAUUGCGUUCGAUUAGAAAAGAGCAUACACGAACAACGAUGCUGAUCGACCUGACAAAGGGUGAAAAUAAAAAUGUUUAUUAAAGAUAGAACUCUCUCAACACCUUGCGGAAGAAACGAAUCGUGUAUUUUAAUAUAACUGAUUCAAUUGCAAUUUUCUCAAAUUUACUAAUAUUCUUUCUAUUUCACGAUAUAAAAGUAGUUUAAUCUUCUAACGAAUUUUCGAAAUCGUCUAAUAGCUACCUAAUCGUCGGAAUGAAAUAAUUUUGAUGCACGAAAGGGAUCGGGCGUUUUCUCCGCAAGAUGUUGAGACUUUCAUGAAAGAGAAACGAAAAUAGUGAAAAUAUUAUUUAUGAGGAAAGAGAAGAGAGCUUGAAAUCGCAUAAAGAAAAGUUGAGAAAUGGGGCACGUUCUACCCCACGGCUACUAUAGAUGAAAAUAAAAAAAAAAAAAACCUAAGAAAACCAAAAUGCUUCUCGGCUCGUUCGUAGAAAGUAUAAAACCGAACUCGAUGAUCAAUUUCCAUCGGUUCUAGAAACAGCAGAAAACUUCGAAGGAUCAUUUUAGUGAUCAAAGACGAAUUCCAUGUACGAUUUCUCAUUAAAAUUCAUUUAUUUGUAAUAUCGAUUAAGCGAGCAAAGGUGUAAUAACGACGACGAAACGUGGGCGUUUAAUGGAGUAACACGUAAACAAAAAAAAAAAAUUACUACGAUUAAGUUUUUCUACUUAUCUAUAUAUAUAUAUAUAUAUAUAUAUAUAUAUACCAUAAUAUGUACACGUAUAAGAGACACGUGUAUAUGCAUUUUAUAUCUAUGUAUUUAUAUAUAAAUACAUACAUAUAAAUAUAUAUAUGUAAGUGGUAUGAACGAAUAAAUGAAAGCGUACGUAUUUGACACUGAACGCCCUGUCGAUAAUAAAAUAAUCUCGAAACGAAAGUGAGAGGAAAAAUGUGAAAAAAAAAAGAAGAAAUAAUUAAAAAAAUAGGGAGAAACAGAGAGACAGAGAGAAAGAUAGAGAGAAUGGGAGAGAAAGGGAGUGAGAAUGGAAUAAACACUUCGUCGAUAGAGACCUCUCGGCUCUUCGAUGAGCUGGAGCUCCGUAGAGUUUCAUACUUUUGCAAAUAAUCGAAAUCGAUACACUAUUACACCCGAUCUCUCUAUGUAUAAAACAAAAAUAUAUAUAUACGUAUAAAUAUACUUGAACGGUUUGAAGGAAAAACGUUAUGUCUUGAUCCAAGUCUGAAUCUUGUUCGUUCGGUCACGCGUGGUGCAGAUGGAACACGAUCGUAAAUGAUGUGCGUGGAUGUCAAUUUUUUCAUCUUCACGAAUUAUUUCUGUGCAUCGGUUUCGUGUACCAGUCAAAUCCACAGGGUAAACUCUUCCUCGAGUCGAGGGUACCGAGUCCAUCGAAUUUAAAACUCUUCGAGGAGCAACUCCACGAAACUGGAUACCCUCAAAUGAUUUCCUUCCCUCUGUCGAAAUUCUACUUUUGCUCGACUCGAGGAUGAGUUCUGUCCUCGUGGUGAAACAAUACUCUAUGUACAGAAACAGCGUAAAUGUAUUUUCGAAGUAGCGAAAGCUUUGCGUAACUCGUGAAAGGGAUGGGUGAACGGUAGUAAAAGUAAAGGGACGAAGAAGAGAAAGGGAUGAAAGUCGCGAAUCAUUAAAUAGUAACAAGAGUUGCCUUAAUAUUACACGUUCACAAAACUAGGAUACGCUAACGAACGAGCGGAUAAAAGAGAUAAAACGAUAGAAGCCUGGAUUAAACAGACGCGUCUUUUUCGUCGUGGCCAUGCCGGGUCAAAUUGGCCGCAAUUACAAAUUUCCCAUCAUCCAGCAUUACGACAGAGUUUUUUUUCAAUUUCUUUUUGUCGGAACAAAUUUAUCAUACGCUACUGUUUCGCGAACGGCGAUCCCUGCAAAAUACAAUUUUCAUGAUUUCCUUUACUCGGCGCUUCGUCCAUCCCAUUAUUCUAACUCAUUGAUCUUCAUCAAUUGGCAUGUUUGAAAUUUUCGCGAUGAUUUAAUUGAAUCAUCGACUCGGUAUCGAGCGCGCGUAUGAAAUGAAAAAGAGAUUACAAGAAAUACAGAAGGAAUAGCGAAAAGAAAUCAACGCGGAAGGCAAAGCAAAAUGCGUAAUUAAGGGAUGAAUGAAAAAUUGACACGUUGACUGUUGCAAUUACUCGAAACCUUACGAUUAUUUUAUCUUUUGAUUUCAACUUGCUCCCUUAUAUAAUAUUAUUGCUACUUUAGAUUUCCUCUCGUUCCUUUUUCUUUUGAUUAUCAAAUUCAUGGUCCCGGGAGUCAACGUGUUAAAUAACGAUACUGAAGAAAAGAGCAAGAGAUAGAGAAAUUAUUUGUAUGUAUGGGAGACAAACGAAUGGGCGUGUGCGAAUGCGUGCGAGUGAAAA